GACCUAAACAGGAAGCCUGGUUAUUCCCAACUGCCGGGUCUGAGGCUCCCUCCUUUCUGCAACAGAGGGGAGCGACUCUGGGCUGGAUAAUCGUCAGAUUCUUACCUCACCCUUUCACGGCUAGCAGGAUCAGAUUGCAUUUCUUUCAUUAUUCUCCACUCCCGUUUCUUGAUCUGUUUAAAAGAAGAAGUAGAAAAGACAAAUCCUCUAUUCAGUGUCUGGAAGGGAAAACAAAAUUACCUCAACUUCGCUUUGAAAAAAUCUUUCCAAGAACUUUCUUCAGAGAUUUUACACAGAUGGUUUAUACAAUGAAGAAAGAACAGAUUUUGGGGGCGUCUCUAUGUCUGCUGCUUAGUUGUGCUUCUAUCCCCCUUAAUGCAGUUCCUGAGGAAGAUGAAGAACACAUAAACAUUACAGAUGCUGAGUUGCCACCACUGAAACUUGUACAUGCAUUUUGUGCUUUUAAAGCAGAUGAUGGCCCAUGUAAAGCAAUGAUGAAGAGAUUUUUUUUCAAUGUUCACACUCAACAGUGUGAAGAAUUUAUAUACGGGGGAUGUGAAGGAAAUCAGAAUCGAUUUGAAAGUCUGGAAGAGUGCAAAGAAAAAUGUAUGAGAGACUAUUCUCUGAAGACUGUAAAGAUAAAGACAACAUUGAAAAAAGAAAAGCCAGAUUUCUGCUUUUUGGAAGAAGAUGCUGGAAUCUGUCGAGGUUAUAUUACCAGGUAUUUUUAUAGCAAUCAGUCAAGGCAGUGUGAACAUUUCAAGUACGGCGGAUGCCUUGGUAAUCUAAACAACUUUGAAUCGUUGGAAGAGUGCCAGAACACCUGUGAGGAUACAUUGAAUGAUUCCCAGGUGGACGAUCACAGAAUCCAGCUUGAUCCUGUGAAUAAUGACUCCUUGACUCCCCAGCCUACCAAGGUUCCCAGCUUUUUGGAAUUUUACGGCCCCUCCUGGUGUCUGACCCCAGCAGACAGAGGAUUGUGUCAUGCCAAUGAGACCAGGUUCUACUACAAUGGAAUUAUUGGGAAAUGCCGCCCAUUUAAGUACAGUGGAUGUGGAGGGAACGAGAACAAUUUCACUUCUAAAAAGUCAUGUCUUAGGGCUUGUCAAAAAGGUUUCAUCCAAAGAAUAUCAAAAGGAGGGUUAAUUAAAACCAAAAGAAAAAGAAAGAAGCAGCCAGUGAAAAUAGUAUAUGAAAAAAAUUUUUGGUAAAAAGAUAAAUUUGUUAUAUGAUUACAUUAAUUCUACUAAAUAUUUUAGAUGAAGCUUUUCACUAUGAUUCCUAUUUCUUCUUUCCUAAAAUUCUUUUAACUAAUAUUUUUAUGAAUUUUCUAUGCAUAUACUACCUGCUAUUAAUACAUUUGUAUCAGUGUUUCUUUCCUGAUCUAGUCAAAUUGCAUAUUCUAGGGCUAUAAUUUAUUAACUGACUACUACGACUUUACUUCUCUUGAUCCUUUUCUAACUAUUUACCAUUUGACUACAAAUUAUCAGGCUGAUGGCCACAUCAAAUCAGUCUGUUUUUCCAUUUGGUGAUCAUCUAUUUGAUAACACAUUGUCACUUAUUUGUUUUGAUCACCUAUAUGAUGAUCUUUUUUAUAGCUCAUGCCCAGAUUAAAAAAUACAGUUAUCAAUAAAUAAAAGCACUUUGGGGGUUUCACAUCUAAAAUGAAGACAAGCACCUUCUUUUCAUAAAGAUCCCUCAAUUAUGCGUCUGGAAAGAGCUGUAGAAUUGUAUCAUGUGUUCCCCUCCCUAGAUAUACUUGAUUUCCUUUGCACUACUAACCAACAUCUCCAUGGAUCUUGAGCCAAAUUGUAUUUGAACACGGAAGAGUCAAUUCUGUGUCAUGUGCCUGCCUGAUUUUGUUUGAUUUCAUGUUUUUUGUUCAUCCGUUUGCAAAUGGUUCAUUAUAUCAAUUACUAUGGUUGAAUAAUGGUGUGCUAAAUGCAGAUCAUGAUAAGAAGGGACUUGGUGGGAAAGGGAAGUUUUUAAUAGCGAUCUAAAGGAAAUUCUGUUUAUGUACUUCCUCAUUUCAUUGUUUGACAACAUUUUCUCUUACUGAAAAUAGCAAGAAUAUUUAGACCUCCUGAGACCUAUUCCUUUAUCAUUAGGUUUUACACACAACGCAACCAGUUAGUUAUUCAUGCUUAAAAAAAACACAGGCAUGUUAUCUCUGUAGAAGAGGAAAAUAAAAUUAUCAGAAAGAAAGAAUAUUCUAGAAAAUUCAUGCACUAUUCAUUCUCAGGGUUUUAACAACAUUUCUUUGGAGUUAAUUCACUGUAUCCAGAUCUGUACCUUUCUUUCUCUGCUGAGCCAUGUGCAGUCUGGCAUCACAACAGCCUUCUAGAUGUUUCAGUGUCUAUACUGUUCAUCUCAAAUUUCACAUUUAAAUUUGAACUUGUCAUCUAGAAACAACUAACCACUUCAGUUAGCUUAGCUUAAUAAUUACUACUUUCUAGCAACAGUGUUGUAAUUCUACCUGUUCCUCAGGCUUGGAAGUUUGAACCCAAUUUUGAUUUCUUAUUUUCCCUCAUAUACUGUAUCUAAUCAGUCUCCAAACAUAAAGUUCAUCCAACUCCCAGGCUUUUUACCUCUAUUGCAUUCUUCACUUCAGUAUUGAUAAUUCCUAAGAAUUAAUUUAGUAUAUUUCUCCACCCCUCAAAAUCCUUUAAGGACUCACUUUGUGGUACUUAACCCCACCUACUUCCCACAAUUUAAUUUUGAUAUAUAUAUACUUUUGGACUUACCUACACUACUCUCUUUCAUGCUUCUUCAAUUUAGCUAAAGGGUAUUCACAAUUCACUGAAUGCAUCUUUAAUUACUCAGCUUAUUCAUGCUGUUUUCCUUUUUAAAAAGCUCAUCCCCUCCAAACCAGUCAUUCAUCUGAAGUCAGGGUCCAGAUGAUGUGAGCAAUAAAAUCACUAUGUUGUAAGACAGAAUAUGAAAAGUCCUGACAUACAAUUACACAUCAUUUUCGUCAAUUUGUUCACUUAAGAAAAACUUUAUAUUUUGAUUUCAAAUAUUCAGUCAUAAGUAACUGCCUGAAACUGGGUCUAUGCUGUGGAAUUUGAGACUUUUGAAAAUCAAAAUCCCUUGUGAACUAUGUUCUGUUGUUACUUAUUCUUGGAUAGAUUUAAAUAAAGGGUCAAGUCUCCUUAGACCAAGUAGCAAGUUGCUACCAAGGACAUAUAAACAGCACAUUGGUGAGUUGACUAACGGUUUUCUCAAUCACUCAAGGGUUCAUUACUUAAAUUAAGACACACACUGAGAGGGUUUACAAUGUUUAAUACAUGUGAAUAUUAUGUUUACUGUAUUUUUAAAUAAGAAGCCUUCUGGUGGUAUUGUCUUGCUUUGUUUUACAUAAUCAAAUGCAUCUAAGUAUAAUUGUUUUACAUUAUACAGCAUGUACAUGUAUUUACCUACUUUGUUUAUUCUCUGUUCAAAAUUAAAG